AUGUCUCGUAAGUCUACUUCUUCCAACUUUACCAUGAAAAAUAAAACUAACCCUGAAGGUCUGUCCACCUUGGACUUGGCUGCCACCGGACCAAACCCGGAGUCGCAACCGGCUACUAAACGCAGAAAGGUGGAUGUCAAAAAUGACGCUUCAGAUAAACUUGACCCCGUGGAGAAACUUUUGAGUUUUGCCGACCUUCACAAUGAUAUUCUCCACUCGUUGGAUCAGGAAACUCAUAAUGAACCAGAAGAAUGUGAUGAUUUACCCCCUUCUUCUACCCCAACUCCUUCCAAUAUUUCUGUUAAUUUCACCAAUAUGCUCCAGGAGAACUUGCGCCACUACUAUUCCAAUUGCAAAAGGGGCCCACUCGAGGUUUAUAAUGCCAAUUCUUCGUUUGCCAUCCUCAACAAACCUCUUAUUAAAGAGCAACCCCCACUUCCAGCCCCCACCCGUCACGAGGUUCCAUUUUUCAAAAAUGUCAACUUCAACCCUAACGCCAAGUCUUCCUCUGCAUACACGUUUGACGAGUACCUCGCUUAUGACGAUGACGAGCCGGAAUCGACAUCGGAGUCAGAUAGCGAUAACUUGUCACCCGAUACACCCACUUCGGCCCACCCAUCUCCCAUUCCUACCAACCUGAAAAUGUGUUUCCACUACAGGCAAUUCAAUAAUAACCUCAAUCUUUCGUCCCACCCAUCACAGGCCCCACAAGAAGACAUUUUACAAUUCUUGAACAAGAGAUCUAUCAUUUCCGGCAGAGCCAGCGAGAUGGUGAGUACCGGAAACUUUAUGAUCAAUGACUUCUUCUUAUAA